GGCGACAAUUUGUGGCCAGCAGUAUUUCUUUUCUAUUAUUGACCAACACUGUGUUUGCACAACGAUGUCCGUGUGUUAUUAUGGCUGAACUUUUUAUCAUCGGUCAACUUUCCUGUGCUGAACAAUUUCCAUCGAACAGCCUGUUCUGCAAAUGGAGCAUUCACGCCGGGUCUAAUUGGAAAUUAAUUGCCGGUCACAAAGAAGGACAGACUCAAGUAGACGUGCCGUCUUACGACAACCGUACUUGGUGGUGUCAUCCUAUAGAUAUCCAUUACGCUACCAAAGGAGUUCAAGGGUGGCCGAAAUUUCACGUGCAAAUAUAUCACUACGACAACUACGGCCGCAGUGAAAUUUAUGGUUACGGGUUUUGUUACGUACCGACAACCCCUGGGACGCAUACCGUAGAUUGUUACACUUGGCGACCAGUUGGAAAUCUAAGAGACGAGUUUCGUCGGUUUUUCCUAGGCGGUGGCGCUCAACUAAAAGCGCCGGACUUCGCGUACUGCGGUACCGACCGGUAUCGGCUGCAAACUGAAGCACUGGGUGUUGUACAUUUUGACUUGAACAUAAUUGCACGCAACUUCCGGAAGUACGGCGUAGAGCUGUAG